UUUAUCCCCAGGAAGAUAUUUUCAAUUUGUAAAUUGUAAGAUUUUCUUGGUGAAACGGAAAAUGACCACCAAUCCGCACCGGGACUCAGGUCCUCGUUUCAUCCGUGAAGAUGACGAGAGGGACCUUCCUCCACCCUCCCGAUCAGAUGUUCAGCCUCAGUAUGUUCAUCAUCUGGCCCCGAAACCUCCACCUGAGAUCAGCAACAUCCGCAAACACAAAGGUGUAAAACAGAGGUGUGUGAGGUUCACUGUGGCCGCUGUGAUCUGCCUGCUGCUCCUCCUGCUGCUGGUAGGAAUCCUCCUCGCUUAUUACUUCUCCUCGUCCUGUGUGCACGGGACGCAGUGUGGCGACGGGAGCUGCGUGUGGGAGUCUCAGUGGUGUGACGGAGUGAGGGACUGUCCUGCAGGCCAGGAUGAAGCAAACUGCGUGAGGCUGCAGGGUUCCAGUUUCCUGCUCCAGAUCUACUCGACUCAAAGUAAAAACUGGAGGAGUGUUUGUUCUCACGGCUGGACCGACCUGCAGGGGAGAGCGAGCUGCGAGCGCGUUGGAUACAGCAGGGGCACAUAUUUUAAAUCCGGCCACCAGCAGACUGAUCCUGACGAUGGAUUCUUAACAGUGAAGUCUGACUUCAACCCGGAGGCGUCCACACUGCAACAGCUUGUGCUCAGCAAAACGUGUCCCAACAACAGUGUGGUGACUUUGCAUUGUACUGAUUGUGGGAGGGGGGUGAACUCGAGCAGGGCCUCUGGGCUCCAGCUGGCCUCUCCAGGGGCCUGGCCGUGGCAGGUCAGCCUGCAGGUUGCUGGCUCCCACCGCUGCGGAGGAGCCGUCAUCGCCCCCUACUGGCUCGUCACUGCAGCACACUGUGCGGCCAAGGCCUCCAGCCUCGGAGACUGGGCGGUGUAUGCUGGGGUCGUGGAUCCAUUAGGCACUCUGUUUAACCCCAAGUACUCUGUGAGCAGCGUUAUAGCCCACGAAGGCUUCAACAGGGACACUCGCAGCAAUGACAUCGCUCUGAUGAGGCUCUCUAAACCUCUGGACCUCACAGCCUCCAGCGAUAUCGGAGCUGUGUGCCUCCCACAUGUCGGUGUGAACAUCACUGAUCCUCAGACGGGCUGGGUAACACGAUUUGGUCGCCCCGUAAAUGGAGGCUCUCUGCACCUGAUGGAGGCUCAGGUGUCUCUCGUAGAUGCUGCAGACUGCAACCGCUCCAUCGCUUCCAGUGUCCGGAUAUCACAGGACAUGUUCUGCGCCAGAGAGAUGGAGGCCGGAGCCGCCACGUGCCAAACUGACGGCGGCGGCGGCCCUCUGGUGUCCCUGAAGGAUGGAGUAUGGUGGCUCAUAGGGGACAGUAUCUGGGGGGAACACUGCACUGAGCAGAACAAUCCAGGUGUUUAUGGCAACGUCACCUAUUAUCUGGACUGGAUCUACCAUCAGAUGAGGAAGCAUCAAGAUGGCUGAUGACGAGACCAAAGAUGAACCAUCGGAGAUGUUUGUUCACAAUGUUUUGUGUGCAGAUACCUUUUUAUAUCAAACAGUAUCUGUAGCACCGAGUUAUUUCAUACGUAUUACUGUUAAUUCAUAAUUUAUAUCAUUGCUGAUCCAUGUUUUCCUCAAAUUCAUGUACGAAGCUCCAAUGAGCAAUGUGUUCUUAUCUAUAUGUGUUACAUUUUUAUAUAUAUAUAUAUAUUUGUGUGAACUAU